AUGGAAAGGAUUCUUAUGAUCCGAGCGAAAAGAAAAGGAAUAUUUAUAAUAUUGGCAUUCUACGCAACCAUAGCAUAUACAAGUACACCAGAAAGUGCACCUCCCAGUGACAUACAGGACAGUACACUCCUGCAGUAUGAAGGUACAGAACAGCCACCUGCACCGUAUGGAGAGAACUCAGUCGCACAGUACGACGCACAUGAAAAGGAAAUAAUCCCGGCUUGGGCCACUGGCUCAGAGGAAGUGCACGACUCUACGCACAAUGUGUGCUUCAACGGAGUGUGUGAAGAACGCCGCCGUAUGGAACAGGAUGAUAAUACGCCAGCAGGGAAUCCACACCCGCCGAUCCUCAGAGAAGAUGAGGAUGAGCACCAGCCACAGUCACCACCGUACCCCGUGCCUACACCCUUCGAUCCUGAACGGCCCAGUAGGAAUGCAGUGCCCGUGGGGUACAAUCCCUACUUAAACCCGAAACUCGGGAAAAUGCCCAUCUCAAAGAGCGUCCUCGGGCUGAUGGGGGGGACAGACGGACCUGCCACUGGAUAUGGAAAUGGUCCUACUAAGGAUGAUGCCUUGGGCGUACUGUUCUCUAUAGGUGAUGAUGACACGUACUUGCUCCUGUCGUACCUCUCAAUGGACCUGCCCAUGAAGAACCUUGUCUCUAACAUAACUGUCACUACGGACGAAGUGUCUGCCCAGGACAGGAGGGACUACCUCAUGAGUGAGCUGGAAGGGAAGGGAAGUAUUUACGGACUGGAUAAUGGCCUGAAUAUUUUAUACUCUGCGCAAAUGUUCUUCUACAUCCCUAAGACGGCCAUUUCCCUGAUUAUCCACGUGGGGAGGAUAAUUUACUCCAAGGAGACCGUGGACUUCCUGCGGCGGUUAAAGCUGAACACGGGCGUAUUCACAGAAAUCAUUGACAGGGACGGGAAGAAAGUCUUCUACAUCCCGGUGUACGGUGGGACUAUUGCACUUGCAAACCCUUCCAUACCGAUUGUGAGCCAGUACUUGAUUACGUCAGAGGGGUACGGUAUAUCCCUGCUUAAAGCCAAGCGGGUGGAUAUAGAAAAGGGUAUCCUAGUGCUGAGCAUAUCUGCGUAUGAUGAGGGUGACAUAACCCGGGUGGCUGGUACCAUACAGAAGUUCACGUCCGGUGAGGUGAGUAACCCGUUCUCAGCCACUUUCGAGCAGUACGGGUUUGAAGAGGAGUCACAGGAUGAGGGGGACAGUUCAUACACCAGCUACUCAUCCGUAUCUUCAUCCUCAUCCAGCGUGAAGCGUAAGGGUAAGGGCAAGGGGUCUUCAUCCUCACAGGAGGGAGAUGGCUCAUCUGACAGUUCAUCUGACUCUGAUACGGGCAGUCACCCACACAGUAAGCAUAAGGGCCACCAUGAUGAAGAUGGUUCAUCAAGCAGUGAUUCUUCCUCUGAGUCCAAGGAGGCCGUCCGUGACACGAUCGACAGCCUGCUUGAGAAAGCCAGGAAGUGGAGGGAGAAGGCCGCACUCGCCAGUGAAGAUAAAAAAGGGUUCAAGAAGCACGCACUGAAACAGGCAAAGAAGGCCGAAAGGAAAGCCAAGGCAAUCCAGAAGGAUGCGUAUAAUGAAAAAUUACUCAAAGCAAGGAGGGAGAGGUCGGCUGAGGCAGCAGGGUUCGCAGCAGCCAGUGAGACAGAAUCUGCUUCUAGACAGGCAGCUGGUGGAGCCGUAAUUGAAGGAGAGCACUCCGCAUCAACUGGGUCGUCCUGGUACUCUGGCAGCAUGAAGAAGAACACCGCUAUAAAAGCCAUCAUCACCAGUAAAGAGUCAGCAAGUGCAAGUGCAUCCGCAUCGGCAUUUGAGGAAAGUUCUCGGAAGACUGCCUCCAGCUCAUUCACAAGCAGUGGUGCAUCUGCCAUUAUAUCAGCCCACCAGAGCAAUGAAAUGUACUACAAGGGGGUGUCCUCCUCUGAGUAUGCGACUAGGGAGAUAAAGCACUCUCUCAUGGGGAUGACCAUGCAGCACGCCUUAUUCAGCACACAGGGCCGGAUGUACCAGAGCCAGAAGUACUCCACGUACGGUGUUAGGUCGAGCAGGUCGUCCUCGCGGUGGCUCAGAAGAAGGAUCACCCGGAUCAGGCGGACUCGCCGUGCAGAGAGCCGGGCAGCCAGGCAGUUCAUGAAGAACGGUGCCACAUCCAAGGGGGUGGCAGCUGCAGCUGCUAAGGAACAAGCAGCCCGUGCAGCUGCAAUCCGUGCGAGCAGGCGGGCAGCCCAGGCCAGCCAGGCAGCUGCCUCGUACGCAGCCAUGGCAAAGAGGGCCGAGGCACAGAGUAAUAAGAAGAUGGCCAAGUCCUACAAGAAAACUGCGAGUAAGCAUAAGCAGGCGUACACCCGGCACAGAGCCAGUGCGACUAAGUACGCUGCAGCAGUCGGGCAGUUCAAGGCAGCCAAACUCGCUGAGUGUGCUAAGCAGUCGGCUAUUUUCAUGCAGCAGAUAAGCAAUCCACAGAAGGCAGUCACCGAGCAGGAGAUGCUCGACCUAAAUAAGGCCGUGGCACAGAUACUUACAAGUUCUCAAAUACAACUGCUCAGUCAUGCACUGUCAGCAGCACAAGUGCGUGUCCUGACGAGUCUCCUGACCCCACAGCAAGUACAGCAGACACUCGUGCACAUCGGUGCCAUGACACCACUGCAGAUGCAGGGACUACUCAUCCGGCUGCAGCUUAAGGGUAUCGAGAUACAGAAAGGUGCCAUGGCACCCCUGCCGAAUAUUGGCAUACAGUCGGCCUUCCCACUUGGGUCACCGAUGGUAGCCAACAUAAGCACGCGUAUCACAGGGGCCCCUGCACAAAUGACAUCUGCUGAUCUGAUUAAGUUCCUGACGAGUGGUCAGUCACUCUUCCAGGCACAGGAAUCCCUCGUGUCACAGGAGCAGAUUGAGUCCAUGAAGAUGGAGGCGAUCAAGCAGUCGCAGAUGAUCAAGCAGUUAAUCACGCAAGUACAGCUCAGUAAGAAUGAGAUUGAGACAAGAGUCCGUGAGAAGAUGUUCAGCGACCGAAUGAAGUCAAGCAUCAGCGUGUGCAACCCCAUGAUGGGCAUGCGAACAGGCAUGGCCACAGGUGCAUUUGAUGGGAUCUCCUCAUCACCUGGGCUACAGCUGGCCGGGAAUGUCUGCCUGGGGAACAACUCAUUCAGUGCGAUGCGGCAGUUACUGGUCUCACCGAGCGUAUCUUCGUACAUCGGGAUAGACCAGAACAUGCUGUCCGACCUAUUAUACAACAGGACCCAGAACAAUGAUCUAAUGUGCCUGCUGGCCAAGUCGUCGAUGGCGAGUCCGAUGUACAGCCAGAUGCCGAAUGACGAGCAGUCGUUAAUUAAUGCGCGUUUCCAGAGUACACAGAACAAGCUAUACGGGAUAUACGGGAAUUCACUGGGCCGGCUUGAGCAGGCCCUGGCAUCUGCGUUUAGUCUAAUCAGGAACUCAUCUGUGAAGUGCAAGCAGACCCUGCAGCAGACUCCGCCUGCCUGUCAGAUACAACCGCAACUAAGCGGUUAA